GCACCAUGGUGUGGUCAUUGUAAACAAUUAGCACCAGAAUAUGCGAGUGCAGCCCAGCAUUUAGCUCAAAAUGAAUUAUCAGUUAAAUUGGGCAAAGUAGAUGCUACUAUUGAGAGGGACUUAGCUGAACAGUUUGGUAUCCGAGCAUAUCCAACUUUAAAGUUCUUUAAAAAUGGAAAACCAAUUGACUACACAGGUACACAAAAAAUAAUUUGUUGUCUGUUUGGAAGUAUUAUUUCCAAAGUAUUUAUGAAAUACAAAAAUGUUACUAUUGUUGGUUUUUUCGCAAAUUUUGAUUCAGAUACAGCAAAAGUCUUUUUAGAAUUGGCUGACUCUCCUUAUAAUUAUCGACUUGGUCUUGUGACAAAUUAUUCUAAAUUUUCUGAUUUAGAACACAAGGAUACAUUUGUUGUAUACAACGAUAUGCACCAUGGUUGUGGUCAUUGUAAACAAUUAGCACCAGAAUAUGCGAGUGCAGCCCAGCAUUUAGCUCAAAAUGAAUUAUCAGUUAAAUUGGGCAAAGUAGAUGCUACUAUUGAGAGGGACUUAGCUGAACAGUUUGGUAUCCGAGCAUAUCCAACUUUAAAGUUCUUUAAAAAUGGAAAACCAAUUGACUACACAGGCGGCCAAACCAAGGAUGAAAUUAUUCAAUGGGUAACAAUGAAGUCUGACCCAACUAAAAAAAUGCACCAUGGUUGUGGUCAUUGUAAACAAUUAGCACCAGAAUAUGCGAGUGCAGCCCAGCAUUUAGCUCAAAAUGAAUUAUCAGUUAAAUUGGGCAAAGUAGAUGCUACUAUUGAGAGGGACUUAGCUGAACAGUUUGGUAUCCGAGCAUAUCCAACUUUAAAGUUCUUUAAAAAUGGAAAACCAAUUGACUACACAGGCGGCCAAACCAAGGAUGAAAUUAUUCAAUGGGUAACAAUGAAGUCUGACCCAACUAAAAAAGUUUUGAAAUCAGAAGAAGAAUUGUAAUCAUUCAUUAAAAG